GAGUCUGAAUAAAAAAAAACUUCAACCUUUUUGUUGGCCGAAUUUUUUUUUAUUUUUUUCCCUGAUUUAUUUACGUUGGGGCUAAGGGCAAUAACUAUUGUCUCCAACACUCCAAACCAUAUUUUUCAAGUUUUUGAUUGGUGAUGAGGUGAGAAGUGGCGUAAUAAUGGAUAGUGAGCUCCAACGGCCUGUUUCUUUUCGGUUAAACCGUAGAGCAGACCGUAAUACUCAACGCCCAUUUGGUAAAGAUGAUGCAGGUGGUUUAAUUUCUUCCGGGAGAUUGGGACAAGAUAAUCCAAUGAAGAUUGUUUGGAAGCAGGGCUUUGUUCGAUUGGUUCUUGUAGGAGGCAUUCUAUGGAUGUUUCUUAUUCUUAUUGUAUUAUUAUUUCAUGUUUGGUCUUGCCAAUCUUCAUUUUCAUUCUUUUCAGCUAUUUGUAAUAAAGAAGGCAAGGUAUUUAUCGCAUUGGAUGUGUUUGGAUUUGUUCCAAAAGCACAACAUCGUUGUUCAAUUCCAGUAGCUGAUGACCCUGACAAAAUAGUUAUUCCAGAGGGACGAACACCAGAUGUAAUUGUUAAAGAUCUAACCUACAUUGAGGAAGAGGAUUUAGUUAACAAUGGAUCUCAAUCCUUCCCAUUAUUUGGAGGUAACCAAAGCUGGCUGCAAAGAGAAGAGAGUUUUAAAUUGAAGCCCAGUAUGAAGGUGCACUGUGGAUUUCUGCAAAAUGGUGGUGCUGACAUGAAUCCUGUGGAUGUCGAAUAUGUCAAGAAAUGUAGGUUUGUGGUUGCAUCUGGGAUUUUUGAUGGAUAUGAUGUACCUCAUCAGCCAUCAAAUAUAAGUCUUCGUUCUAGGAAGCUCUUCUGUUUUCUGAUGGUUGUUGAUGAAGUAUCUCUCAAAUUUAUUAAAAAAAAUGUGACCAUCAGGAAGGAUAAUGAUAAGGGGAUGUGGGUGGGCAUAUGGCGUCUUAUCCCAUUGAAGCAUCCACCUUAUGAUGAGCCUAGAAGAAAUGGGAAGGUUCCGAAGAUUUUAACCCACAGGUUAUUCCCUCAAGCACAGUACAGCAUUUGGAUUGAUGGUAAAAUGGAGCUGAUAGUUGAUCCAUUGCUCAUCCUCGAAAGAUACUUAUGGCGUGGGAAGCAUACUUAUGCUAUUGCUCAGCACAAAUAUCAUCGGAGUGUAUAUGAGGAUGCUGAUGCAAACAAGCGGAGAAAGCGAUAUGCCAGACCCCUUAUUGAUCUGCAGAUGAAGAUAUAUUACUAUGAGGGAAUGGAGCCAUGGAGUUUGAAGAAAAAUACUAUUAGCGAUGUGCCUGAGGGAGCCAUAAUUAUAAGGGAACACACUGCACUGAAUAACUUGUUUAACUGCUUGUGGUUCAAUGAGGUCAAUCUCUUCACACCAAGAGACCAGCUGAGCUUUGGCUACGUCGUAUACAGGUUAAAAGGCUUGUUCAAGUUCUUUAUGUUUCCAAAUUGUGAGUACAAUUCAUUAUUUGUCUUGCACCCACAUACUAGGGAGCAUUCUUCUAAAGUAGAGUGGGUAAAAAGUUUGAGUGAGUUUAAGGGAAGUGGUAGUAGUAUGAAAGAGAGUAAGGGUGGAUUUGGCUUGUGGACUCCCUAUUCUAAGAACCUCAAUUCAGUUGCCCUGCCGCCGGUGGUAAGAACAUCAAAAGCAGGCUGAUGUUUAUUGUAAGCAAUCUUGAUCCUCUUUUGAACUUGAAAAGAUUAUUUAAUGAUUAAUUUUAUGGAUCCAUCCCUGCUUCAUUUGAACA